CCAGGGCCCUGCUUCACAGAAUGGGGCCACCAGUGCCCAUGGCCCUGCCAGCCCUCUGGGUCCUAGGGUGUUUCUCCCUGCUCCUCUGGCUGUGGGCGUUGUGCACAGCCUGCCACAGGAAGCAGGUGCAGAGCCAGCAGGCAAGACUACAGGACACUGUGAUGCUGGCAGAAACGUCCCUGCUGAGACAGACUCACCUCUGCUCCCUCAGCAAGUCUGACACCAGGCUGCAUGAGCUGCACCACAGUACCCAUGGUAGCAAAGGUGAGGUGACUACCAGAAGGACACACAGGGAGGGGCUGGCUGCAGUUCGGGGCCACACCUGCUGUCCACCCCUAGUGACUUCUGGCCUGAACUUACCCAUAGCCCUGAGGCCUGCCAGCAUGGAUCUCCUGUACCCACACUGGCUAGAAGUUUCCAGGGGUAGCACCACGCCACAGGCAACCCCCUCUGCCUUCCCACCUCAGCAGCUGCCGGGGGCUCCAUCUGCCACUGCCUUCACACUGUCCAUCAGUCCUGAGGCCACCUAUUCUAAUGUGGGGCUGGCUGCCAUCCCCAGAGCUAGCCUGGCUGCCAGCCCUGUGGUAUGGGCAGGGACACGGCUGACUACUGGCUGUGACAAGCCAGGGCCUUGGGCCAGACCUGUACUGGCUGAGUAUGCCUCCAUCCAGAAGCUCAAAGGGACAGAUCCAGGCUCCCAAGAACUGCAGCAAGGGAACACUGAGGUGACCCCAGCUGCUCAGGUGGACAUCCUGUACUCCAGGGUCUGCAAGCCUAAAAACAGGGCCACAGGACCCACUUCAGACCCACCGGACCAUGAGGGUACAGGAGCAGUUCUGGCCCUGGAGAGUGGCUUAGCCUAUGAGCCCCUCCCUCCUAGGGGCCUGGACAUGGACAGCAGUCCCCUGGAAAACGUGUAUGAGAGCAUCCAGGAUGUGGGGACCCCUUAAAGUCCAGAGCCCUCCAUUCUGCCUUCUAGCAUAAGUGGACCUUUGUAGAGCACAAGACCCCUGCUUCUACCUUCCUGUGCCUAGGGAAGGUUUGGAGACCCCUCUGUGUCCUGAGCACUCAGUACCAGUAUUCCUCCAGCUUGAGCCUCCAGGUGACUGAGGCCUCAUUACUUUGACUGUAUUGCUGUGUCCACGUGGCCUCUCCUCUUCCAACCUGUAUCCUAAUAAAUCCCAGUCACUGGAGGACGGACAUGCAUGCCUUACCUCAAAGCCUGCCUUUUGAAAACUGGGAGGGCUGGGUAGGGAGUUUCUGGAUGAUUAGAGAUACCCCCUUCUGGCCUUUGGAGGGUAGGCAGGCUUUCCCUCUCGUACCCGCCUGACACCUGAGGCCAUUGCGCUGUCCGUACAGAAGUCAGUGGUGGGGAGGAGAGAAGACCGGCCCUUUGCGGUGGUGGUUUCCAGGCCUGGGGGGUCCUCGGGACAGUGCAGUGGGCCGACAGGAGGGCUUCCUGGAGUAGGACUUGGACCCUGAGCUCCAUGGCGCGGCUCUGCCACCAGCCCCUAAGGUUACGUAAGUGGAAAGAGGUGGGUAGUCCUGCGUUAAAGAAUAACCUGUUCCUGGGGGGCCCGCCAAGCAGCCUCGGCCGCUUCCUGGCUCUGGCAGCUCCUAGAGCACGGCCGUCGGGAA